UCUCGUUCCGCACUGGCGCUUCUAAUUUUGAGUAAGCAAAGGCGCGUGGGGGAGCUUCCCCUUUCUUUAUCUCAAUCUCUUAAUUAAAACACAGGCCGUACGAAAUGUCCACCAAAAAACUAAUCAACGAACUCGAUAAAAAACUUCAAAAGCUUCAAUUACUUCACGAUGAAAUUGGCACAGCAAGCGACAAACAAGACGAACAAUUACGAACGCUUUUUAAUCAAAUGUUACACGUAGCCGAUCAACACCAUGACCAAAUCGCAUACGAGCGAGAAUCGCUUGAAGGAGCCAUUAAAGCAGAAUAUCAACGCAUCUCUGCUUUAAAACGACUGAUGGGUGAAUACGUUGACGACAGUGUUACCUAUAGCAACUCGCUGCUGUCGACUUUACACGAUCUUAAAGUGGAACGAGAGAUUGUGGAAAAGCAUUAUCAAAAGCGUCUCGAUGGCGUCAUCGAGUUACAACAUGAAAUCAAUGCCUUUGUUGACAGCCUAGAAAGUUUCGUCAACACCAGCCUUAUUGUGCACGAGAGCAUUGAUGUGUCCUUACCGGCGGUUACUGCCUUAGAAGAAGAAACACGACGAUGUCAAAACGAACAUCGUGCAAGAAAACAACGCGUCAACGAAAGCGCAAAACGGAUGAUUGACUUAUGGCUCAUGCUUGGAUUGGCUCCUCAAAGCGAUCGAGAUAGUGCCAUGUAUCAAUUGCACGACGAUAUUCCUGAAGCUGAAAAGAACUCUUUGUAUGCAGAACUAAUAAAAGAUGAAGGCCUACGAUACAUCGCCCAAAGAAUAACAGAGCUUGAGGAUAUAAGGCAGGAACGCGAGUUUCGAAAACAAGAAGUGAUACAACAUUUGAGCCAUCUGUGGGAGAGACUCAAGAUACCAGCUCAUGACCGUGAAAGCUUCUUAGCUGGAAGCAAUGGAUUGAAGAAAGAGGAUAUUGAAAAGUAUGAAGUCGAGCUGGACAGACUGACAAAGCUCAAGGCAGAACGAAUACAGGAGUUUAUCUUUGAUGCACGACAAGAUCUCAAUAGGCUGUGGGAUCAAUUGUAUUUCUCAGUGGAAGAGCGUCAGGAAUUCGACCAAGCUUUUAAACCCGAGUACAAUGAUGCUAUUCUCGGCCUCCAUGAAAAUGAAAUUGCACGGCUCCGCCAGUUGAUUCAAGAUCGCAAACCUAUCCUCGAAAAGGUGGAAAGCCACAUGAAGCUUUUGGAAGAAAUCAAAGACUUUGAGGAGAUUACGAACGAUCCUUCGCGUCUGUUCAGCAAAGGCCGACGCGAUCCUGGGCGGUUGCUCCGCGAAGAGAAAUUUCGUAAGAGGAUAGCGCGUGAGCUGCCCAAGAGUAAAGACGAACUGGUCCGUGCCCUGGUCGAGCAUGAAGUGCUGACAGGAAAUCCGUUUUAUGUGUACGGGAAGCCUUAUAUCAAGCAGAUCAUGUCUUCUGACGACGGCACAAAUGCAAGAAAGAAAAAGAUCAAUCCGAAUGCUGACACAGGAUCGUCGUCUAAAAGUACGGAGAACAAUGGAAAGACAGCCAAACAGCGACGCCUACGCUAUGACUUGGACGACGAUACCGAAAUCUAUUACAAUAAAGCAGCUACAAGCCCAGGGUUCAAAUCGCCGAGUUCACGGUUCGCCUUUCGUACACCACAACCCACACGAACUCUCAACUUUAAUUCCCGACUCGCAGAACGAAGCCGACGCUUACGCACCUUGAAACAUCGACGGGACGAUGGUGAUGAUGAAGGAGAUGAUGACGACGAGCCAAGUAUACUUCAUCGAGUACGCGAAAACAACAUCUGCAAACGAAGAGCAAAUGCAGUAAGGGUAAAGAACCUGCGUAAUAGCAGUGGAGGCAGCAGCGAUGAUCGUCAUACGUUGGAUAGUCUUUUCUCGGACGUGAUACCCGACGAGAACACAGCACCAUCAUCAUCAGAAGCUGGCUCUGAAAUCGGUGGUGGAAGCAUUGUUGAUCUGAAGUUGCAGCAGCAACAGCAAAAACAACAGCUAGUGGUGCCACCAGCAAUAGCAGCAACAUCAUCCUCGAAAGGCAAAAUGCUGAUGAGCGAUGAUGAUUUUUCAGUGAACCUUGAUAUCUUUGAUGAUGGUCCUGAAUUGAGCGACUUAUCAGCCGAUGAAUCAUGAGCCUAUUUCAUUCCACAUCGUUCGUCAACCCCAAAUCCCCACAUUUCGCCCCUGCCAUCCUUUUACCGUCACUUCCUAAUAACAUCCGUUUCAGUCUUUCUCCCAGGCAUUCCUCUCUUCCCUUUGUCUGAAACUUG